AAUGAGAUCCGCGACAGAUCAGCCGAUGAUCAGAUGACUGGCAGGGAGAAACUAUUUAAAACUCUAAUGACACCCCUUCGCGCAAGUUUAUACAUCCCCAGCGCGGCGCACUCGCACCAAACCAAAAAAACCCGCCCCAGCGCCGGCCCGGUCGCCUCUUUGUGCCACCAACUGGAUCCGAUCUCAUUCGACUUGCACGUUCAGCAGCCCGCGGCCAGCCGACAGAAACCCCGCAGCACAAAGACAUUUAAGUCAUCCCGGGGAGCCUUCGAUUCCUUCCACACUCGUCUGGGGACUGAGACAUGAAUCAUAAAACCCUUUUGCUGCGGAUUUUCCUACAGUGUGCCGCUGCGCUCUUCUCCUCUGCGCUCGGGGAAAACGCCGUUCUCAAAGGUGAAGAGAGCGGACUGGAUGAACUGUCGACAGAUGGCAAGCAUCUCGAUGGCAUCAUCAAGUACAACAUGAGGAAGAGUUUGGAUCUGGAGCAGGAGGGCUGCUACCUGCAGGCCGGCAAGAAGGAGUGUCUCGAGGAGUGUGGCUUCAACGCUACAGCCAAGACCAUCUUCAUCAUCCACGGAUGGACGAUGAGCGGCAUAUUCGAAAGCUGGAUGCACAAGCUGGUCUCUGCGCUGAUGCAGCGCGAAAGUGGGGCCAAUGUUGUGGUGGUCGACUGGAUCACCAUGGCUCAGCAGCUGUACCCGGACGCGGUCAACCACACCCGCAGCGUUGGCUUUGAUAUUGCCGCCAUGCUAAACUGGCUUCAGGAUGAGCAGCAGCUGCCUCUGGACAAAGUGCACCUGAUAGGCUACAGUUUAGGCGCUCACGUGGCCGGCUACGCGGGGACAUAUGUACGAGGGACCAUCGGCAGAAUCACUGGUCUAGACCCAGCAGGACCAAUGUUUGAGGGUGUAGAUGAACAGAAGCGCCUCUCUCCCGAUGACGCCGACUUUGUGGACGUUCUGCACACGUACACCAGAGAGGCUCUGGGCGUUAGCAUUGGCAUCCAGCAGCCCAUCGGGGACAUUGACAUCUACCCCAACGGUGGCGAUGUGCAGCCCGGGUGUGCACUGGGCGACGUGCUGGCAGUGGCUGGAAAUUUCAUGGAGGUGAUGAAGUGUGAGCACGAGCGCGCCGUGCACUUGUUCGUGGACUCCUUGAUGAACAAGGACCACAUGAGCUUUGCCUUCCAGUGCACCGGCCCCGAUCGCUUUAAGAAGGGCAUCUGCCUCAGCUGCCGCAAAAAUCGAUGCAACAACAUCGGCUACAACACCAGAAAGAUGCGCAAGAGGCGCAACAGUAAAAUGUACCUGAAGACACGUGCGGACACUCCCUUCGGAGGCUACCACUACCAGAUGAAGAUGCACGUGUUCAACAGAAAACAGUCGGACAACGCAGAUCCCACCUUCCAUGUCAAGUUAUACGGCGCCAACAACGAUACGACGAACAUAUUUGUUGAUGUCCACGAUGACACCGUCGGUCUGAACCUGACCAACACCUUCUUGGUGUUCACCGAGGAUGAAAUUGGCGACCUGCUGAAGAUCCGUCUGAGCUGGGAAGGAGAUUCUGAAUCCUGGGGCUCAGUCUGGAAGAACAUCAAGAAGUCAUUCUGGGCCUGGAACCCCAAACCUCCCAAGCCUGUGCUGCAAGUACGGCGGAUUCGCGUGAAAGCUGGAGAAACGCAGAAGAAGUUUACUUUCUGUGCCCAAGACCCCUCAAAAACUGAAAUCUCACCAGGAGACUCCAUAACUUUUGUGAAGUGUCGUGAUGGCUGGGAGGUGAAACCAAGAAAACGGCUGCCCAUGUAACAACUCAGCACUUCAGCAACCAAUGCACCGUCACCUCGGGGGACCCAACAUGGAACAGUGAGGAGCCCUGCCUUCUCUUUAUUUGAGCACUUUCCGUAGGAAGAGGAUUGAUCAGCCCACGUUGCGGAGGAGCUUCAGGUUUCAGACUCGGGAAGGUUCCUGAAGUGGCUUCUUGAAACGUGGACCCUGGGCUCUGUCCAGCGUACGAGGCAGCAGGGAAACGGCUUGCAGGCUGGAAGCGGAGGCAGUCCUGAAUCCAAGAUUACAUGGAGGAGUUGCAGAAUGUUCCUUUGUGUGGACUAGUGAAGUAGAAUACAGAUGUAUGCCAGGGGACAUAGACCAGCAAUUGUAGUCGCUGUACUGUACAUUUUAAAAAUAUUUUCUAUUUAUGAAAAGAAUGGAAGCACUGCAAGACCAACGUUAUUUAUCAGAACACAUCCCAGUUGCAGUAUUUGUGUGUGUGCGUGUGUUGUUGUUGUUGUUGUUUUUAUGUGGGUGAUUGUGUCCGUUGUCCCCAAGAAAUGUGCCUUUCUGCUGAGAGAGAUUACUGAUACACUGUAUAACUGAAGGAGAUACCUGAUCUCAUUGCACACAAUCUUUCUGAGGGUGCAUAGUGUUACUGUUACUGUUUGUGGCUUAUUUUUGGGGUUGUGUCUAUGUAUAUAAUGUAAAUAUCUUUUUGGAAAAAUAAAUGCACCUGUUAUUUGUAGAAACUGUU